CCGGUCGCUGCGACAGGACUUGUGGCGCUUUGGUCCCUGCAAAGUUCACUUAGUAGGUCUUUUCCUGCAGACACAGAUCCAGCCAUGUCGAAGCCAAAGGAUACAGGCUCCUCUAUCAUCCACACCCAGCAGCUGCAAGCUGCUGUGGCAGACACCUUUAUUGAGCACAUGUGCCUGCUGGAUAUCGACUCUGAGCCGGCUGUGGCUCGCAACACUGGCAUCAUCUGCACAAUUGGACCUGCCACCCGAUCUGUGGAGAAGGCCAAGGAAAUGAUCAAGGCUGGGAUGAACAUUGCAAGAAUGAACUUCUCCCAUGGCACACAUGAAUACCAUGCCGAGACCAUCAAGAAUGUCCGCGAGGCAACUGAGAGCUUUGUACCUGGAUCUGUUGACUACAGACCAGUGGCCAUCGCUCUGGACACCAAGGGACCAGAAAUCAGGACUGGACUUAUCAAAGGCAGUGGCACCGCUGAGGUCGAGCUGAAAAAGGGUGAAACCAUCAAGAUCACGCUCGAUGACCAGUACAAAGACAACUGUGAUGAGAAAAUUCUGUGGCUGGACUACAAAAACAUCACUAAGGUUGUGCAGGUUGGAAGCCACAUCUAUGUUGAUGACGGUCUGAUUUCCCUCAAGGUUAAAGAAGUCGGCAGCAACUUCUUGAUUUGUGACAUUGAGAACGGCGGCAUGCUGGGCAGCAAGAAGGGCGUCAACCUGCCCGGAGCUGCUGUUGACCUGCCUGCAGUGUCUGAGAAGGACAUUCAGGACCUGCAGUUUGGCGUGGAACAGGGUGUUGACAUGGUCUUCGCCUCUUUCAUCCGUAAGGCCGCUGACGUUCACGCUGUCAGGAAAGUGCUGGGUGAGAAGGGCAAGGACAUCAAGAUCAUCAGCAAGCUGGAGAACCAUGAGGGCGUGCGCAGAUUUGAUGAGAUCCUGGAAGCUAGUGAUGGCAUCAUGGUGGCCCGUGGAGAUCUGGGAAUUGAAAUCCCAACCGAGAAGGUCUUCAUCGCCCAGAAAAUGAUGACCGGCAAAUGCAACAGGAUUGGCAAGCCAAUCGUCUGUGCCACACAGAUGCUUGAAAGCAUGACCAAGAAGCCUCGCCCUACUCGUGCUGAGGCCAGUGACGUUGCCAAUGCUGUGCUGGAUGGCAACGACUGUAUCAUGCUGAGCGGUGAGACGGCCAAGGGAGACUACCCUCUGGAGGCAGUGCGCACACAGCAUUUGAUCGCCCGUGAAGCUGAGGCAGCCAUGUUCCACAGGCAGGUGUUCGAGGAGCUGCGUCGCCUCUCUCAUUUGACCCGUGACCCCACAGAGUCCGUCGCUAUUGGUGCCGUCGAGGCUUCUUUCAAGUGCUGCGCCAGUGCAAUCAUUGUGCUAACCAAGACUGGCAGGUCUGCUCACAUGCUGUCGAGGUACAGGCCCCGUGCCCCCAUCAUUGCUCUGACCCGCUGCGGUCAGGCCGCCCGCCAGGCUCACCUGUAUCGUGGUAUCUACCCUGUGCUCUACACCAAGCCUGCCAACGACGUCUGGGCUGAGGACGUGGACCUGCGUGUGAACUUUGCUAUGGAAGUUGGCAAGCACCGCAAAUUCUUCAAAACUGGCGACGUGGCCAUUGUUGUGACCGGGUGGCGCCCAGGCUCUGGUUACACCAACACCAUGAGGGUUGUCCUGGUGCCUUAAACUUCAUCAAAAGAUAUCAGUUACUACUCCCCCUCUACUCGUCUGUAGCCCACCUUCCCUCCAUAUUGAACUUUGUUACUGCUUUCAGAAAGCUCUUCUGUUGAUGUCUACAGACUCCACGAAUCCCUCCAUGAAUAAAUGUCUCAUUCACAGUCUAAAUCCUGCUGCUGGAGACUAAACUUUUUAGUGGCAACCUUUCUGGUGAACAAAAUGAACAGCAUUGCUUCUCAGUGCACACUUUAGAAGUGAACUGGUAUGACUGGGUUUACAUCCAUUAAAAGGAACGAUGUGAUCAA